UUAUCUAUUUUUACUGUGAAUCUUAAAGUAAAUAAACGGUAUUGAUAAUACGUGCAAGAAUUUUUCAAGACCCUCCCGUGGUGAGACAGGGCCGAGGCGCACUGUGGCGCUCGCGUCUAUAUAGCCCCUUCGCCCCGCGCGAUCGACCUCGCCAAGCCACACCACCACCGUCGCCCUCUCAGCUCGCGAAUCACGCAAACUCGCCGCGAAAACCCCGCGUGUUCACGAGCCUUUAUCUUUUUUACUCUUCCCUCGCGGCCGCGACGACGUGCCACUCAGCUAGGGGAGGGAUGAGGUCGAGGAAGACGACGGCGUCGGCGUGGAGGUCGCUGCUGGGCGGGUGCCUCGGCGGCAACGGCGGGGCGGGGGAGAAGCAGAGGAAGUUGCGGCCGGGCGGCGGGCGGCUGUCGUUCACGGACCUGAGCAGCGCGGCGGACCAGGACCUGUCGGUGUCGCUGGUGGGCUCCAACCUGCACGUGUUCAGCGUCGCUGAGCUGCGCGCGGCGACGCGCGGGUUCGACUCCGGCAACUUCCUGGGCGAGGGCGGGUUCGGGCCCGUGUACAAGGGCUUCGUCGACGAGGGCGUCAAGAAGGGGCUGAAGCCGCAGGCCAUCGCCGUCAAGCUCUGGGACCCCGAGGGUGCCCAGGGACACAAGGAGUGGCUGGCGGAGGUGAUCUUCCUGGGGCAGCUGCGGCACCCCAACCUGGUGAAGCUGCUCGGCUACUGCUGCGAGGACGAGCACCGCCUCCUCGUCUACGAGUACAUGGAGCACGGCAGCCUCGAGAACCACCUUUUCAAGCAGAUUCCUGCCGUGCUGCCGUGGUCAACCCGACUAAACAUCGCAGUAGGUGCCGCGAAGGGUUUGGCGUUCCUUCACGACGCAGAGAAGCCGGUGAUCUACCGUGACUUCAAGACCUCCAACAUCUUGCUCGACUUGGACUACAAGGCCGAGCUCUCAGACUUUGGUCUCGCCAAGGACGGCCCAGAGGGCGACGACACCCACGUCUCCACCCGCGUCAUGGGCACGCACGGCUACGCCGCGCCGGAGUACAUCAUGACCGGCCACCUCACGGCGAAGAGCGACGUGUACAGCUUCGGCGUGGUGCUCUUGGAGAUCCUAACGGGUCGGCGGUCGGUGGACAAGACGAGGCCCAACAGGCAGCAGAACCUGGUGGAGUACGCGCGGCCGUGCCUCAAGGACCCGCUCAGGCUGGCCCCGAUCAUGGACCCGGCGCUGGAGGGCCAGUACUCGGCGAGGGCGGCGCAGAAGGCCGCGCUGGUCGCGUACCAGUGCCUCAGCGGCAGCCCCAAGAACCGGCCGGACAUGUCCGCCGUCGUGGAGGCCCUGGAGCCGCUCCUCGGCUUCACGGACGAUGUGCCUGUCGCGGCCGUUGGGCCGGUGGUUCUCUUCGUUGCGGCGACGGAGGCAGCAGAGGAGAAGAAGGAGCGCGCUCCGAGGAAGGACAGCCGCCGGCGAAGGCCCAUGUCGCCGAAGGUGAGCCCCAGGAAGCGUGGCGCGGCUCAGAAGGAGGAGUUCUGGGUGUGGCAUCUGCCGGCCGAGCAGAAGGCGUGACACGUUCGUGCUUGUGCAAUUCUGCACGCAGCGUGCGUGCACAUAUGAGGUGGCGAGGCGCUAUUGGUUAGGAUCGUAUGCAUCCCUGUAAUUCUCUUCUCUUUUAUUAUUUUUCUUCUCAGUCUGUUGUUACAGUGAGAUGCAGAGUGUGGCUCAUAACUAGAGCAAAUUUCGUACCGGAAGCUUUCGUUUCUCUAGACU